AUGACACGAGCACAGCAAACCGUAUCAAUUGGCCUCUUGGUCACCUCCCUCUAUCUCGCCCUCUACCUCCAACUUAUUCCUCUCCCGACUUUGAUCUCGGAAGAAAUAAUACCAGUCCUACCCUUCUGGGCUCUCGUCUCUUUCGGUGCUUACCUUCUUUUCAAGCUCGGAUACGGAGUCUUCACUUUCAACGAUGUUCCCAAGGCACACGCAGAACUCAUGAAGGAGAUUGAUGCUGCAAGGGCGGACUUGAGAACUAAGGGUGUGGAUGUCGAUUAA